AUGCGGAGAUCACAGUCGUCUUUCACUCUGCUCCUUAACGCAAACACUACCUACAAUCUGCUUCUAAUUCCCUCGCUUCAGCAUCGCAAAGACAUCUCCAAAAAUCUUCGUACAGUCUCAACCCUAGACUGUUUCGAUUUAGAAACAUCGUCUUCCAUAGCUUUCUCACAAGGUGUAGAAAAGCACAAGAAGCAGGAGAGAUAUGCAUGCAAACAGAUUUUGCAGAGAGAAUAUAAACUUCAUAUUUGGAUAAUUACACACCGUACCAAGUCCGUGCUCGUGGGUCUUGAGGGUUUGGUCAAGAAAGUAGUUGGCCUUUGUGGAUGGCAUUGGCUGGUGCUUACAAAUGGCAUAGAGGUCAAAUUCCAAAGGAAUGCUCUAAGUGUGAUUGACGGUCCUACUGGAAAUGAGGAAGAUGAUGACCUUGAAUUCAAGAAUUUUCAGUGGAAUGGUUCUGAUAUGGUCCAUUUCUGUGUUAUAUUCUUCAAAGAAUGGACCAUAAAGAAUAUUAUCUUUGAAUUAGUACAUCAAAAGUAGAUAUCAGUUACUCAUUGCAUACAACAACAAUUAUGAACAUGAUAUAUACUCUCAAUUGAAGAAAUGAAAUCAGGUGUCAAUGGUAGGAGUAUUGCCUUGUUUCCUGAUUUUCCUUGGCUUCCUUGGCGUUAAUGUUGGAUUUCACUGCUGGGCAUGUAGUAUUUAUAGGAUAUUUCCCACCCAAAUUUAGAUUCAAAAAUUGUAAUUAUUAUUUUUUAGCAUGCUCUUUUAUUGUAUUGUAACUUGUAAAAGUAAACACAUUGGUAAGUGCAACUAAUUAAUUACCUGUUAAAUGUUAA